AUGUUGAAGUACUUCUUUGGCGUGGGAGAUGACACAGGCUCGCUCAGAAACGAGCCCACAAUCGACUACAACAACACCUUACCCUCGCUGAACACCAGCCUUCGAGGAACCAGCCGUGGCCCUCUGAACCCCAUUGAGGCCAUCUCGCGUGAUGCGGACGCCAGAUACACCAGAUAUGACUACAAGGACAACACGAGAGCAGUGAUCGACUUUUCCGACGACGAUCUUGACUCUGACGAAGAAGUCACUCGCGACUUCAACAUGAUCAUGGAUAACUUCACCAGAACCAGUGAGCAUAUGAGCCGCUACUCGGAUGAUCGACACAGCACGGCGUUCUCGUUGCCCAGCGACUAUCCAGGCAAGUUCGAAACGCCGAGAGACGCAAAAUCCGGGGGGUAUACUGCGUUACAUUCCCAGCACCGUCCUCCAAAGAACCGAUUCCUGGACGAAACAUGGCAGUCUGGCGGGAGAAAGGGCACCAAACAAACCAACGAACGCGUGUCUGUCUCAAACCCCAAGGAUCCACUGUUGUUCACGGAGAAAAUAAACGUCCAGAUAGAAGAACUCCAGCAACAGGUGGAGAAUGAGUUGCGAUCUGCAGCAGGUAGUGAGGUCGAGGAUGUUAAUGUCAAGCGAGCAAUGGAGAAAAUAACCCUGCAGAACGAGUUCUUGUCGCAAUUGAAUGCGUUGGUCGAUUUGAACAUGGCCUCCACGGAAGAACAAAGCAUCCCAAACAACUUGCUUCAAAAAUACCACAUUCUCAAACAAGAGUACCUCAAAGAGUUGCAUAAUUCUCAGGAUCUAUACAAGGGAUAUUAUAAGCUCAUAUUAAAAUACCGACUGUUGCGGAAGAACCACAGGCACGACGACCCUGCUGGAAAUAAUACUGCCGAUCGUCGAUCGGUCAAUCGCUCCACAUUCACGGUGAAGGAAAAAAUACGAUUGAUCAAAUCGACUAGCAAUCAGGAAUCGAUCAAGCUUAUUUGUGUGAACGUGUUGAAGGAGCUAGAGAGCUUGGAAAAUAAGGAUGCGAUCAUAGAGUCGUAUAAGCGUGAGUUGGAGGCCGCAAAUGCGAAGAUCAAGGAGCUAGAGACGACCCUCCAGGACCGAAAUAGCACCCGCGACACGACACAGCCCUAA